UUUAUAUUCCUUCGUGAUCAUGAUUCAUACAGUUACUAAUUAUAUAUAACCUUCUUCUCACAACAUUUUUCUACAAAAGGAAAAGAACCGUUGCUGCACUCAAGGGGAGGUUCAAGGUCACGCCUUUUCACUGCAGAAUAUAUACCUAAUUCAUCUGGGAAAAGUUCUCAGCUCAUCAGGGCUAGCUCUUUUCGUUUCAAGAGAUCCGAGUUUCUGGGCUCAGCAGUUCAUAUAUAGGACUUUCAGAAGAACUCUAGUGUCUCAAAAAUCAAUAGAAGGUCAACUCUCUCUGCAUGAUUGGAUUUUUUGGGCUCAAAUGAGAAACACUGACCUCCUUCCAUCUCUAUCCUCCCAUCUUUACAGCUGCGAAAACAAUAUUGAUGUUCAGAUGACAAAUUGGGAUGCACAAAUGGACAUGAACAGCAAAAUUGGGUUUUGCAUGGGAUCCAACGCAUCCGAAAGUGACAACCAUGAUAACAUCAGAGCUGCAGACUAUUCUCUUCCUCUGCAGCAGUCAUCAUCCCUCAUUACCUAUCAACCUGCAGUUAAUUAUCCAUCUGGUUCGUUGAGAUAUGAUGUCAUUUCAGAGCAGUCAAUGUUCUGGACAAAAAGAUUUCAGCCCCCCAAUUUCAAGCAGAUUGCCACGCCAUACAAAAUGCAAGGAAACGUCCAAUUGAGGUUGAUGACUUUGGUGGUCUUGUUGGUGACAGAACAUCUCUCAACGAAUUAUACAAACAUAAGAGAAGCAAGAUGACAAAUAAUAAUUCUCAACAACAAUGGCAUCAACAGCUCCAAGAAAACUCAAUGGAGCAACAAAACAAUAAGAAGUUGCAUCAUGUGCCUGUGAGAAGAAGCCAAAAGCUUAGUGACAAAAUCACAGCUCUCCAAAAAUUGGUUUCCCCCUACGGCAAGACUGACACUGCCUCAGUUCUUCAAGAGGCUUCCACAUAUAUCAUGCUCCUCCAAGAACAAAUUCAGCAGAAUCUGCUAAGGAUGCUUGGUAGUUCAUACAAGAAUGCUGCGGCUCUUCACCCACAGGAAUCUGGGAGUGGGCAGGCGCUUGACCUCAGAAGCAAAGGCCUUUGCUUGGUUCCUGUGUCAAUUACUCAGAAAGUGACUAUGGAAGAGGGUUCUGAUCAUCUUGCUACAUCAAGAAAAAUUGUCAUAGCUAAUAACUUCUAGUGCUAUAAUUAACUACUAAGCACCUAAGCUAUAUCUUAAUGCUUCACCUCAUUAUCACUUUUGAGAAAAGCUCCUUUCAUGUACUUCAAUGCUUUCCUUUUUAAUCAUACGUAACAUUAUCGAUUAAUUCGAAGAGAUAAUUGAGAGAAUU